UCAAAGUGAAAGUUACGAAUUUUGUGUAAGACACGCCAAACAAAGUAGUAACGCUCAGAGAGAAAGAGAAAUUGUACCAAAUACAUUAGUGUUCUCUCUCCACUCACAACACAAGUUUCACACACACACACACACACGCAUUUUAUUAUUACUGCAUUUGGACUUCAUUUCUCUGCUCCAUCUUCUCUCUGAACUUUCUAGACCACACAUAGACACAAUCAAGGUGUUGUGAGAAAUUGGUGAGAAAGAGGACACAUUUGAAAUGGCAAUCUCUGAUGCGAAUUACAACUACUGUUCUGAAUCUCAUGUUUUGGAAAACAAUGAGAAAAAAACCAAAUCAAUUUUCAAAGCCCCUCUUCAAUUUGUAGGUCUUGGAUUGGAUUCUGAUUCCCUUAACAGUCCAACUUCACCACUAGAUCUUACUUUGCUUUCAAAUAGAGGUAACCCUUAUGAAGGACAACAACAAAGGAUUUAUGACUGUACCAAACUAGGUUUAAGCAUCAUAGAUUCUUUGAAAGAUUGUUCUAAAUUUUCUGUCUUCAAGAAGGCUAGUGUUAAUCCUACUCCUAGUCCUCAAAUGAUUAUUACAAAAGCACCUAAUUUUAAUCACUCUAUCGAUUCUGUUCAUGCUUCUAAAUCCUUACCUAAAGAUUUUUUUAAGCUUCCUUAUACUCAAAAUAAUUCUGCUUUUCAUAAGGGUGAAUCCAAUGUUGUUUUUGAAAUUGGUGAAACAAUGAUUGAACCUGAACCUUUUGGAAAAUCAAUGUCUUGUUCAUUGGACUUUUAUAGUCCAGUUAAAGAUUCUAACUUUGAUUUGAGCUCUUCUCCUCAUUUUAUUGGAGGAAGCAAGAAUCCAAACACUUUGGUAUUUGAUGAGUUGAAUGCAAACACCUUGAAUCUAUCUGCAAGUGAGAUUGAAAGCUCUGAGGACUAUACAUGUGUGAUUUCUCAUGGUCCUAAUCCUAAGAAAACACAUAUUUUCUGUGAUUGUAUUUUAGAAAUUUGUGCUGCUGAUGAUGUUGAAAAACAUCAAAAUAAGAAUGAGGAGAAGAAGGGUUUGUUUUCUCAUGUGGUUGAUGGAUCAGAGACUCCAAAACAAUGUCCCUACGGGGGUAAAUUUUUGACUUUCUGCUACCAAUGCAACAAGAAAUUGGAAGAAGGGAAAGAUAUUUACAUAUAUAGAGGUGAAAAGUCGUUUUGCAGCUUAACUUGUCGCGCACUUGAGAUUAUGAUUGACGAGGAGCUAGAGAAAUCCAUUGCACCAUUUGAAAAUUCUUUAGAGUUAGAAUCUGGUGGAGAACUCUUUGGAUCUGGCAUCUUCACUGAUGCAUCAUAGAGAGGUUUUUUCUGCCAUUCGCACUGAGUCUAUGAAAUGAGUAAACGCACACCUGAUCAUCUGUUGAGAAAGAGCUGUGUUUUUUAUGAACUUUAGCAGCCAUGGAUGAUUUUUGUACAUCAUUGCGUUGCGUUUGCCAUUGGUUUUUGUUUUGGCAUUUCAUGGUCUUAGUGGAUGGUGGCUCUCUUCAGCUAGAUUUGGUUGUUAUAUGACUUUAUGAUAUAGUAUAAUAAUAUGUUAUGGAAUUAUGUGAUGGGUUAUUUAUGCUUUUGAAAAAUGCAAAAGUUAAAGGGUUUAAGCUCAUUUUUCUUGGCUUAAUCUUCUGUUGUAGUUGUUUUCCUACUUUAUGUUCAAGAAUUUGUGUAUGCAACCUAAACAAGUUUUUGACUUGAA